UUCUACUAAAAUAAUAAAUAAUAAUUGGUAAGAAAUAUAUCUGUACGCGCAGACGCUCAGCAUCCCAUUGGCUGCCAGAAUUUUCCAAGAGCGCACUCUGAUCCGCUGCGCUCCUGACUCACUUCAGCUGCGCAAAGACGGCCCGUCAUGCUGAGGAACAGCGCGUACAGGAACAUGCACCAGGGAGAGGAGCCCAAGCUGCGCAACGGGAGCCUGGCUCGGGAACGGAGGCACCUUGCUCUGCACAUCAACAGCCAGGAGUGAAGAUGAGUACAACGGCCCUCGUCACCUUGACCAGCAGCAGUGCCUGGAGAUAAAGGCUGUUGUGAUUCAGCGGGCCUGGCGGGCUAUCAUGUCCCGCAAAGUGAGCCUGGAAGAAAAAGACGAGAACUCCGGCAUCCAUCACUGGGAGGAAGCUCUGGCUUCAGAGAACCUCCAUGAGCCUUUGAUGACGACCAACAUUAGUACGGAUCAGCUGAAGAGCCUCCAGAGCGGCAGCAAGCAUGCUAAUGAAGAUGCUCUCCAGCUUCAGAGCACUUGUCUGACGAUGGACCUGGACAACAUCAACAUCAACCUGCCACCUGUUGAGACCAAAGUGUUGAUUAUCCAGCGAGCCUGGCGUGACUUCCUGCAGCGACAGGAGGUGGAGAAAAGGAGUCCCUCCCCACCCUCGCUCUCCUCCUCUGACAAGAUGAGCAUGUCAAUCAGCAUGAUGACCUUGUCAGAUGGCAGCAGCCCUGAUUAUCGGGAGGAUGGCAUGGAUCUGGGAAGCGAUGCAUCCAGCCGCUCCAGCUCAGAGUCCAACUCCAACAAGGUCACGCCUUGCUCCCCAUCUCUCGACCUGGCCAAUCUAGAGGACUACAAAUCCUCCCCCUCUCCCGAUUUGGGCACCUUAGAGGAUUAUGAGGAAGACGAGGACUACCAGGAGUACAAGAAGAAGGUGAUAGAAGAGUGGGAGAGUGAGUACGGAGAGGAUGACGGCUCCCCCCAGCCCGCCGGUCAAGAGAAAAGCAGCAGGGAGAGCGUCGUGAGCGUCGACAGCCUCGAUGACGACUACAGGAAGGCGGUGAACAGCCGCAGCCUCGCCGAAGAAUUCCAGGAUGUGAAGAGUGCCCCGCCCCAGCCCGCUUUGGGUGGACGCACGGCCACUUCAGUAGCAGCCGUCCCAGAGGAACUGAAACAGAACGGCAACCUGAUUUUGCCCCGGAGCCACCAGCUCCACUCCCCCGGCACACCCCUGGGGGGCACGGGGAUUCCCAAACACAGGCACCGCAGCUCCACUCAAGGCAGGGGGAGCCGCAGCACCAGUGGGGGUGGUGGAGGAGGAGGAUGUUUGGGGACUGGGGGGCUGACAGGAGGCUACAAAGAGGAGGAGGAGGAUGGGGCAGAGGAAGAGCCUCUCCCCACCAUGGACUGGGCUGCCCUGGAGAGACACCUGGCCGGUCUGCAGUGCAGAGAGCAGGAGAACCAAAACCUCAACCACAACCAGAACCACAGCAUGGGCAAGAUCAGCUACACCUCAGCCCAGAAGAAUGAGAGGGAGUCCAUCAGGCAGAAGUUGGCCCUGGGCAGUUUCUUUGAUGAUGGCCCAGGUAUCUACACCAGCUGCAGCAAGAGCGGCAAACCCAGCCUGUCCUCACGGCUGCAGAGUGGCAUGAACCUGCAGAUCUGUUUUGUCAACGACAGCGGCAGCGACAAGGACAGCGAUGCCGACGAUAGCAAGACAGAAACCAGCCUGGACACCCCCCUGUCCCCAAUGUCAAAGCAGAGUUCCUCCUACUCGGACAGGGACACCACAGAGGACGACUCGGAAUCCCUGGAGGACAUGGACUUCUUGAGUCGACAGAAGAAGCUGCAGGCGGAGGCCAAGCUGGCCCUGGCUAUGGCCAAACCCAUGGCCAAGAUGCAGGUGGAGGUGGAGAAACAGAACCGCAAAAAGUCGCCAGUGGCCGACCUGCUUCCACACAUGCCUCACAUCAGUGAAUGUCUAAUGAAAAGAAGCCUGAAGCCCACCGACUUGAGAGACAUGACUCUGGGGCAGCUCCAGGUUAUAGUCAAUGACCUGCACUCCCAAAUUGAAAGUCUGAAUGAAGAGCUUGUACAGUUGCUACUGAUUCGCGAUGAGCUUCACAUGGAGCAAGACGCCAUGCUGGUCGACAUAGAGGACCUUACCAGGCAUGCUGAAAGCCAGCAGAAACAUUUAGCUGAGAGGACCCUAUCCAAAUAAAGACCCCCGCCUCCACCCCCUCUUGCCAAGCUUCGCCCCCGCCCGCUCUAAAGACAUUUCCCAUCCGGUCAUUUCACCUCCGCCCUGUGUCGAUCCGACUCCUCCUCCCAGCUUUUCCCGCCUCGAGUACUUUGCUCUCUGCUGUCUCCCAGUUUCUCCGUGUUUCUCCUCCUGUCCAGCUCACUGACUUCAGUGGUAUCAGCAGAAAGACCCCACCCCCCUCCACCUGACAUCCCCCUCGUCCUCAGCUAAAGGAUGGAGCAGCACCUCCGGCUUCCGGGGAGAGGAGGGAACCGACUGUGUGUCGUCAUGGAUUCCGUCUCCAGCUUCCCGUGCAGUGAUCGGCCUUGCUUUGCUCUCAUUUCUUUUUAUCUUUCUACACUCACCACUAAAUUAUAACUGUUCAAAUGCAACAAAUAUGGGGAAAAAAUAAGAUAAUAGUUUAAAAAAAUAGUAAAAAAACAAAAAAAAAGUCUGCUAUGAGAAAAAAGAAACAACUCUGUAUAAAAAGAAAAAAAACACUUCUUCAGACCAUCUUAAGUUGGACAGUAAUUUAAAGGUAUCUUAAAGUCAACCAGUUUUUAUUCUGCACAAAUGGUAGUUUUCAACUGAGAAACGUUUAUUUGAAGGUGCUGAAAGAGUGUCAAGAAAAACAAGCCUGCCUUGUAGUGGAGAUGUAGACUUUGGUGAUAUGUUCACUUCUCAACAUUUUGUGAAUGUUGAUUUUCUGACACGAGUCAUUUUAAAUGAAUAAGUGUGUUAAUAUCGUUUUCAUCUUAUUGUAUUCAGAUUCUUUAUUUGAGGGAAGAAACGUUUAUGUACAGAUAUGUAAAAUAAAGAAUAAACUUUGUUUCAUAUG